ACUCCCUGGGGCCCGAUGGAGGUGGCGUUGACACGGAACCUUGUGCAAGUUGAAGGCGUGCGCGGGGCGGUUUGAGCCACCGAGAGCAGCCGUGGAAGCCCGAGACGAGUGACGAUCUGAACCCUCCCCUCCUGGACGGCAUGCCACGCAAGCAUUGACCCCCUUCGGCGGGCGGUCUUCAACCAUGGAGGACGCAGGGAAGACGUUCAGCUCCGAAGAGGAAGCAGCGAACUAUUGGAAGGACCUGGCCAUGUCCUACAAGCGGAGGGCAGAAGAUGCCCAGGAGGAGCUGCGGGAGUUCCAGGAAGGAAGCCGCGAGUAUGAGGCCGAGCUGGAGACGCAGCUGCAGCAGGUCGAGGGCCGGAACCGGGACCUCCAGUCAGAGAACAGCCGCCUGCGCCUGGAGCUGGACGCCCUCAAGGAGAAGUUCGAGACGCAGCACUCGGAGGGCUACCGGCAGAUCUCCGCCUUGGAGGACGACCUGGCACAGACCAGAGCCAUUAAGGACCAGCUGCAGAAGUACAUCCGGGAGCUGGAGCAGGCCAACGACGACCUGGAGAGGGCCAAGCGGGCCACCAUCAUGUCCCUGGAAGACUUCGAGCAGCGCCUGAACCAAGCCAUCGAGAGGAACGCCUUCCUGGAGAGCGAGCUGGACGAGAAGGAGAACCUUCUGGAGUCCGUCCAGCGGCUGAAGGAUGAAGCCAGAGAUCUGCGGCAGGAAUUGGCUGUGCAGCAGAAGCAGGAGAAACCCAGGACCCCCGUGCCCGGCUCUGGGGAGGUGGAGAGAGCCGACUCGGCCGUGCAGGCCACGGGCUCCGUGCCCUCCACGCCCACCACCCACCGCGGCCCCAGCUCCAACCUGAACACGCCCACGACCUUCAGGCGCGGGCUGGAGGACUCGGCCAGCGGCACGCCCCUGACUCCUGCGGCUCGAAUAUCGGCGCUCAACAUCGUGGGGGAUCUGUUGCGGAAAGUAGGGGCGCUGGAGUCCAAACUCGCCUCCUGCCGCAACUUCGUAUACGACCAAUCCCCUAACCGAGCUGGCAGCAGCCCCGCCUCGGGGCGGGCAGGCAAAUCCAGGGACAGUGACCGGCGACCGGGCAGUGCCAGCGUGCCCUUAGGCGACAAAGGUUUGUCGUAAGCGGCCGCCUUCUCCUCGUACUGCUGCGUGAGGCCCUCGAUCUCCUUCUGGAAGCGCUUCUUGCCCUCCUCCAGGGACUCCACGGUGAGGGCGAAGUCCUGCAGUUUCUUCUUGGAGUCGGAGAGCUGAAAGGGCGGUGCCCGGGCUGCGGUGAGCGCUGCGGCAACACGCCGGGGUCCCGCACCGCACAGAGACCGAGACCGGCCCGACACGCACCGCCCGGGGUGG